AUGCGAAAUCGUUUCAUACUGACGUCGAAACCAUCAUUGAUCAAUACCAAGAAUGUUAUUAUCAAAGAGUACGAUGCGAGUGAUGUAGACAAGAUAACUGUUGGUUUCGUACGUUCGAAGCAUUCAUCGGGCGGUUUGAUCAUUGGACUUUUCGGCGGCGUUCGCGCUUUUAUGCUCCAAAAAGAAGCAUCACGACUUGGCGAUAUUAAGUUUGUGAUAAGUUUAUAA